CGUCCUCACCGUCAUCCCCCCGCCCCCUUUUCGGUCCGCCCUUUCUAGCCACGCCCCCUUCCCUUCCGCAGCGCGCGACCUUGGCGGGAAGAGCCCGUCGUCCGAGCGGUGCAGUGUAUAGAGGAGAUGAAGAGACGCCUGCCAGCCUGUCUUCCUGUUCCUAUCUUCAACCAGAAGAAAAGGAAUAGACUGCCACUUACCUCAGUUCCUCAGAUAAAAGAACUGUCUUCUGAUGGGCCCCAUCCUGUCAUUGAAAGUUUUCAUUUACCUCCUUUGCCAACAGACUCCAUUUGGGAAAAUAGAAUAUCUCAGCUUCAAAAUGCUAGUAAAAAAAUGGAGAUUAGAUCAGCAGAUAAAAGAACAAGUAUGUGUCCUGGAGAUGAAUAUACGUUUAACAGCUUCAAUAAAGAUUUACUAUCUAGUCCUAAAAGGCAUUAUGGACAAAUGGAGUAUUUAAAAGGGCAAAGUGUAACUGAGAAGUAUACUCCACAAUCUCAAUUUCCAGUGCAGUCACAGACAUCUGCAGCAUCUUACAAGAGACCACAUUACUCGUGUUCUACUUCUUCAGGAAUAAAAGAUAAACAGCCUUCAUAUUUCUUUAAAAAUAAUUGUAAAUUGAACAAAGAAAAUGCAUUUGCUGACAUGCCAGAGGAAGAAAUGAUACAGGCUAUACCUCCUUACCAAAUAACUUUUAAAGAAAAGAGUAAUUCUUUGAGGAUUUUGUCAGCAUCAAUAGAGAAUAUGAAAUGCUGGAGUCAGUACGGUGACCGAAUCCCAAUGUUAUUUGAAGUACUUGCAACCCUUGACUCUGCUGUCACAUCAGGUAACCAUGGAUCAAAACUCUUUCUUCUAAGGGAUGGCAAGAACCAUGUUCAAUGCAUAUUUUAUGAAAUUGAUCGGGAGCUGCCAAGACUAAUCAGAGGUCGAAUCCAUAGAGCAAUGGGAAAUUAUGAUCAGAAUAAAAACAUGUUUAAGUGUGUUUCUGUAAGAGCGGCAUCAGUGGCAGAGCAGCAGACCUUUAUGGAAUAUAUCAAUGCAGCUGACAGAGAGAUGAGGAAGUGUGCUGCAAGUCUAGAAGACACUAAGUGAGAUCUAGACAUCUUAUUGAAUGUUCAUUUUAAUAGUCAUUCAAAUAAAUACUAGUUGUUAAACUAUGUUAUUUUGCUUUUACAAUAUGAAUAUAACUAGCUCAUAAUUACCACACGGUAUUCCUAAGAUUUGAGUGAUGCAUACUCUUAUUUAGUAAGAAAAUUACAAUAAUAUUAGUACAAGUAUGCCUAUAAAUAAUAAAUACAUUUUAUUUGUUGAUAUAUAAUUAUUUCUAUAUGUUUUAUGUUUUACCUUUUAUCAUCUAUAUAUCUGCCAUUUUGAGUUGUAUGUUUUUGCCUGUGCAUUCUAUUCUUUAGAAGAAAAAGUGAAGUGCUUCUGUCAUGGAACACAGACCCUAAACAAAGCAGCUAUGAAAGGGUCAUACUAUGUACAAUAUCUCUUUGAAAUAAAGUGUUAAAUAAAAUUGCUUGGACAUACAGUAUAUAG